CAAAAAAAGCCACUUCAAAGCACUGGAGAAGGUUGGAGGGUGAUGAUGCUGCCAACGCGACUGCUGAUGCUGCCGCAUGUCCGCUUGCUUCGCUCGCAAGUCCAUCGAUGUGGAGCCUUCCCUGUGUCCAUGCAGCAUCUGCCAACUGACAACCGCAUGCACAUGGCACGAUUUUUUGCGACAUCCAAAUCCCCGUCCACUGCUGUCGGAAGUGCCCCACGCCGCCCCAAGCUGCUCGGCAACAAUGACGAUUUCAACCCACGCAGCCCUAGCGACGUUCCCAGCGAUGUCUUGUACGAGUACAACCGCAACCGCUACUUUACGAUGAUCUCGUCCGCGUCCUUGCUUCAAAUCGCGUUUUGGUCGUGGCUCAAGGGCACCGAGGCCACUCUUCCAGCCGCGCCCGUUGCGCUCCCGGCCGCGGCGUUGGACCCGAGCUUCCUCUCCAUCGUAACCAACGAAGCAUGGUCGACCGUUGGGUUGGGGUCGAGUGUUAUCAUGGCGGUAGUCGUGGUCUUCUUUUCCCAGCGCUCCAUCUCGCGAAUCUCGGUCAUUUCCGGCGGCAGCAAGCUCCGCCUCACGACUCAAAAGUUCCUUGGCGGCAUGUCGCCGCCGCUGGACUUCCCCGUCGCCCAACUGCGCGCCGCGUCCAUCUCGGACAAGUACAUUUCCGUCAAAGUCGGGUCCGAACUCGGGUUUUACCUCAUCGAUUUGGAUGGCCAGUUUUACAACCGCGCUAAGCUGGACCAGUUGCUCCAGGUACCGCUUGCCCUGGGGGCGGCGAACGCCGCAGCAACAACCCGUGCGUCGUCCACUCGGCCUAAGCCCAAAGAACCAUUCCGUGCGCCUAUUCGUACCGACCUUCCCAAGACCGAAUGGAAGAAAAAGUAAAUAAACAAGUUAUUACCAGUAUUAAUAAUUAUACCGGUAGAUAGUAUUGUGGA